AUGGCGGACUCUCCCUCCUUCCGCCGCCACCCGCUCCCCUUCUCGAUCGACAUCGUCCGCUGGCUCCCGUCCUCCGCCUCCUCCGGACGCCACCUCGCGGCGGCCGUCCACGACCCCUCCGUGCCCGCCUCCUCGCGCCUCAGCCUCCUACCGCUCCACGACCCCGCCUCCCCGCUCGCCUCCCUCCCGCUCCCCUCCCGGCCCACGGCCCUCCGCUGCUCCCCUUCCGUCCUCGCCGCCGCCACCUCCUCCGGCUCCCUCCACCUCCUCCCCUCCUCCUUCGACACCGACUCGGCGGUGUCCGUCCCCGGCGGCGCGGGGUUCCAUGUGGGGCCCGUGCGCGGGCUCGACUGCGGCGGCGAGGGGUGGGUGACGGCGGGGGAGGACGGGAGGGUGCACGUGGUGUCGGACGGCGGCGACGGCAGGGUGGUGGCCAGGAGGGUGUGGGAUGGGAAGGGCAUGUCAGGGUACGGGGCGGCGAGAUGGGCCUCGUCGGCGGAGUUCGCCACCGGCGGCGCCGGCUGCGGCGUGCAGUGGUGGGACCGCAGGAAAGGGGACGCCGUGGUGGCGCAGUGCAAGGGCGUCUGGGGUCGUGGUGUCGCCACCGGCAUGGUGCAUUCCAUUGAUAUACAUCCAUCAAGAAAGCAUGUCUGUGUGGUGGGAGGCUCCUCAGGAACAAUAUUUGCUUGGGACCUACGCUGGGCACAGCAGCCAAUACCACUCUCUGGUGUAGGCCUUGACGAAACGGCACAACCCGUGUGCGAGAGUGAGGUCUGGGAGGUUCUUUUUGACAACUACACACAGUCUUCUGAUAUUAUCUCGUCUGUCUCAACAAGAAUAUUACCUGUGAUGCUGUGCUCAGAGGAUGGAAUCCUUGCAAUCGUCGAACAAGAUGAGAGGCCUCUUGAAUUGCUUGCCGAGCCCUGUGCUAUCAACUCCUUUGAUAUCGAUCCUCAGAACCCUUCUGAUGUCGUCUGUGCCCUGGAAUGGGAAUCGAUUGGUGUGCUUACACGUGGAAGAGAUGCAAUGGCAGAGGAAUGA